AUGGAUUCUUCUUCUUCCACCCAGGAGCAAUAUGUAACUGAGGUUACCGAGAAUUUUGAGACAACAUGCUGGGGUUGCGGACUGCGUGUUUUGCUUCCAUCAUGUGCAUCUGCUUUCAAAUGUGGCUGGUGUGGGGCUAUUACAGAUCAGAACAAAAAAACGAAAAGUGAUCAGAAGUGCAUCAAAUGGAGAGUAGUGCGUGAUCGAUGCUUUGUCUCUGUUGUCCUUGUAUUUAUAUUUUUUGUAAUAUUUGGUGGGGUGUGGGCAGUUUAUCCUGUCGUCUUUGCUGUCAGUAUUCUUUGUGGAGUUUUACACUCAGUCGUUACAGCAAUCUUGUCCAUAGCCACCAUUUCCUUUUUCAGCUUUGCAGCAUUUAGAUGUGCUGGCGCACCACCAAAUACAUUAUGGGGAAGCUACCCCGCUGUAGGGAAAGGUGACCUUGAAAAUUAUACUUAUUGUCACUACUGCUCAAAACCAAAGUCACCUAGAGCUCAUCAUUGUCGUUCUUGUAGAAAAUGCAUCCUGGACAUGGAUCAUCACUGCCCAUUUAUUGGGAACUGUGUCGGUGCAGCUAAUCACCGGAGCUUCAUUGGCUUCCUCAUUUCUGCAGUGUUGAGUACAAUCUAUGUCUCUAUCAUGUCUGUAUAUGCAGGCUUGCGUGUGAUGCCACCUUUGAAAUACUCAGUUGGGCGCAUAAACGGGAUAGGAUUGAGCGUUCUUUUGUGGCAGCAGCUCUCAUAUAUAUACGAGGGGAAAACUUAUUUGAGUCACUUGAGUUCACAAACAGAUAAUGAAGAAGAGAAGAAAGAUUGCCAAAACCUUGCUAGAUUUUUUGGUUUUCAAUAUUCUGUAACGAGAUUUUUGCCAAACUUCGGUGUUACUCAAAAGAGACACAUUAAAUGA